UACAUUCUUCCAAAUCUCAAUCACCAAAACCACAAAAAUCUCAAGAAAUGAUAACAUGAUUUUAACAUAUAGUAAAGAAUUUGACCUCUAAUUCUCGGUCAAUCAGGGGUUAAUGUGUAGCUUGACUCUCAUGUAGAAAUUAAGUGAUAAAUUUCGCCAGUUUUUCUUGGCAUGAUUGUAUAAAUGUAUCUUUAAGCAAAAAAAUAUUAUUUAAUAAAUUGCACUUUUCAUGGAAAUAAUGAGAAAUGUUUUCUUUGAUGUUACAGGAUGGUGCAGAAAAUACCCUUAUAUAGCAUUCCUAAUAUUUGUGGGGAUAAUACUGUUCCUUAGAUACCCCAAAUAUGGUCGCAGUGAUUCCAGUAAGAUUGAAAAGGCACAAGACUAUGUCCAGUCAACAGUUUCCAAGGAUUUUGAGAAUGAUAACAUCAAAGCAGGUGGAACUUGUGACAUGGAUGAAUAUCAUAGUUCAAACAGACGAAUAUGUGAUAUCGUUAUGCAUUACGUCAACCAAGGGUCCAGGGUCCCUUCAACCAUAAGUGACCAGUUAAGCCAUAAUACUGAUUGCAGAAUUGAAAAGGUAGAAAAAAGCUGUUUAGACAUCAGGAAUGCUUUUAUCUAUAGAAAGAGUACAUCUGAAUUUGAAAAUUCUGAUUUUCCUCUCGCUUAUGGAAUAAAGAUUCAUACCAACGCAAACCAGGCAUUUAGAUUGUUGCGUUAUAUUUACACACCAAAAGAUGUAUUUUGUAUUCAUGUUGAUGGAAAAGCACCACCCAAGAUAUUUCAUUCCUUCAAGAGGAUUCAAAAAUGCUUCAAUAAUAUUGUUGUAAUAAACGAGCCUGUUACCGUAAUAUACUCUUCCAUACGACAAGUGGAAGCGGAGAUGAAAUGUCUAAAAGCAGUGCGAACGUCUCAUGUCAAGUGGAAAUAUUACAUUAACCUAACAGGGCAGGAAUUCAUGCUCAAAACAAGAAGUGAAAUUGUGCAAUUUUUAAAAAUCCUUAACGGCUCCAACGACAUAGAAAGCUACCAGAUUCCGGCAGGAGAGCUUCACAGAUUAGGUCAAGUUCAUACUAUAGGAAAUAACAAAAUCUACCGCACAAAACAACAAAAAAUUCCCUUUCAUAUUGAUAUUAAAAUGCAGAAAGGCAGUGCUUAUGGAAUGUUUAGCAGGGACUUUGUGGAUUUUGUCCUAGAUCACGUUUUUGUGAAAGUAUUCAUGAAGUGGUUAGAAGAUACUUAUGCACCCGAAGAAAUUAUUUGGGCCACAUUAAAUGCGUUACCUUCCACUCCAGGUGGAGAUAUUGAACAAAGACGUUACAGUAAUGGCAAAUACCAUUCAAGAGCAGUGAUUUGGCGAUCAGAUAAAUCUAAAUCGUGCUCUGGAAAAUAUGUGCAUAAUGUAUGUGUUUAUGGUGUCGGUGAUUUACCAUGGUUACUGGAUAAUAAAUACAUGGUGGCUAACAAGUUUUACGAGGAUUACGAGCCCGCAGCAUUGACGUGUCUGGAAUCUGCUAUGUAUGAUAAACUAUCUACAGGAGCAUAACAAUCGAUUGUUUUCAUGUUGAUAUUAUUUCUUAAAUAAUUUGUUUUGCACUUCUGUUAUCAAGAAUAAUUAUAUUUUUGUUUGCAAAUGAACUUGGCAUUUUAUGUCUUUGAUGCAUUGAAUGAUGCUGGGUUUAAAGUAGCAAACAUCUGACAAGUGAAUUUUAU